UUUCCUUGAUAUCCCAUACUCUAAUUUUACUCAAGAGCCAUCUGUUUGUUCGUUAUAAUAAUCGAGCUUACAGGACCAGUACCUAUCAAGCUUUACACAUGAUCGAACGUAUGCCGAAACUUACUCCGUAACGCUAUGGCUCGUCAAAAUUAAUCGAAUAAUAACGGAAUUUCGGAGCAACGAACAAUGGAAAUAGUCCCGGUUUUUACAAACAAAGUCUCACGACAGUAAGGGAAACAAAUAAGACAUUUUAAGAGAAAGCAAGAAGAGCCCCGGAAGAAUAAAGUUGAAAAGAUCGUUAUUUUUACGCGACGUCGUAGUUACAUGACCGAAAUCCACAAUGGUCUCGACUAGGGGACAAAGAAAGUUGUUAUCGUUGAAAAAGGAGCUGGUGAAAAAGAAGGCGAAAUCGAGUUACGCGACCCGAUCGAAAAGCAAGGCUCCGAUCGAGCAAGAGAUUCUGCAAAAAAAUGCGAUCUACGAGAAAUAUUACGAUUGCCUGCGGCAGAUGUGCCUGGAGGCUCGUUACACCUUCCGCUACGCGAAGCUGCCCAGGAUGUUCAACGCGCGCUUCUGGACGAACGCCGAGCUGAUUAACCGUAUCCUGGUGCGCGCCAUUAAAGAGCGCGAGCUCGUGAUGAUAUCGUACCUACUGGAGAGGGGACUGCGAGUGACGAUAGCGCCGACCGAUCCGAGCGGCACCACGGCCCUCCAUCUGGCCGUGACCUCGGGCUUUGCCUUCCUCGCCGACGAGCUGCUCGACCACGUCGACGGGACGAACUACCGUGACCCGGAGGGCCUGACGCACUUCCACGUGGCCUGCAUGACUGGCCACCGGCGAGCCGUCGACGCGUUCCUGGCCCGAGGCUGCGACGCGAACCUCCUCGGCCGGCUGAACGGGGAGCCGGCGACGCCCCUCCUGCUGGCCGUUCACUUUCGCCACUACGAGCUGGCCAAGCUGCUGCUGGAGCGGGGCGCCGAUCCGCGAAUCCGCGGCGAGCGGGCCAGCGUGCUCCACCUGCUGCAGCCGGUCACGGACAACUGGAUGCUGGGCCCGCGGCUCUGCUAUCCGGACCAGCUGGAGGCCUUCAAAUCGCCCCAGGGCCUGGAUCUGUUGACGAUGCUGCUGAAGCGCGGCGCCGACGUCGACGCCCGCAACUCCCACGGACACACGCUGCUGCAGAUGGCCGUCUCGGCUCUGCGCGACGACGUCGUAGAACUGCUUCUGGAGAGGGGCGCCCGUUGCCAGGACGUCGAGUUCGAGGGCGGCUGCUUCUCCGCGGAGUUUCGCUGUCCGCGCUACCUCGAGGUCGUCCAGAGCUGUCUGCGCAUAGUCAAGCUUCUCACCGAGUACGGAUACGAGAUGAACCCGCGCAGGUCCUUGAAAAUGAUGGAAUUCCUGAUCGGGCCCGAGCGCUACAUCAAGGAGUCUCGCUACUUCAUCGAAGAAGCGGCGGUCGGAUUGAACGGACACAUUUUGGACCUAGGUUCUCACACGGCGAUUCGGAACUUUUUCGACACGAUACCCGAGGGCCCGCUGAAUCCAGUCGACGACGUCAUCAGAAUCGAGACCCUGGCCGGAAUACACUAUCACUCGGAAAAGUCGACGCGAGGCGGCUUUUAUCUCGAGCGCGAAACCAAGGCGUAUCUUGCGACCAGAUACGCCCAAUUGGCGCUGCACAGCUAUCCAACCUUGACGGUACUCGUGCAGAGCGACUACUGGCGGGAGAUGCUCGCCCGGGUGUCGUUCGAAAUCGAGCUGGCCAAACUGUUGACGCUGAAGAGUCGCCACAGCGGCGACGACACCGGCUGGUCGCUGCACGAUCUCUGCGUCUCGAGCCCGUCGGACACGUGGCCCCUCCUGACCAAAGUCGAUUACGAGAGCGUCUUGAACGAUCCGCUGUUCGACAAAAAGUUCCCCUCGAUCGGUGGAAGGAUCAAGGGCUUCGUGGCCAAGGCUCUGGUGAGAAAAACCUGCGAGACUUACGCUCUGGGACCGAUCAUGAAUUUGAUGAAAUUCAGACUGCCCGAGCUCUGUUGCAAAAAUGUAAUCAAGUACUUGGACAACGAGGAUUUGUUACGGGUAAGCAAGGCCGUCUAGGACGUCGCUCGAAUCAUGUUGAAGCGCGAUAGGUCCUCUAAUUGACCAUAAAAAUUGUAUUGAUAGUUAAUAUUGUAAAUACGUGAAUCAAAUUUUAUGAGCAUUGCAUGACUUUUCUAAAUUCAAUAUAUGUAUGUGCCUGCUAACUGCUCGUUUAAAAGCGGUAGGCGCAAUUUAUACAUGUAUUUGUGUUUAAGUUGUUUUGAAAUCGUUUUGUUAUUGAUUUCCAGGAUAGACUCCUGGCGCUCUAUUUAUCAUUUUCAGGCUAUUGAGUAAUUAAUAUUUACAUGUUACAACAAUUUGGUAUCAUGAUAAAUAUGGAUUAUUGCUGUUAGAUAGUGUUUAGUUAGUUCUUUUUUUCUUAUAAUAAUUAUUGUGGUGAAAUUGGCACCUGCCGCAAUAAUUAUGAUAAUUAAUAAACCAACUAUGUUUAUAAAACUUAGUUAAAUAUAUAUAGAGCAAGAAAAAUUGUAAAUAAAUGUUUACAUAGGAUGCGAAUAACACAGUGUAUUGUACCAAAAAGUGUUAUAACUUGCGUUCCAACGUCUUUUUAAUCAAAAUAAUUAGACUUCGUAGGGAGAGUUGAAGGUUAGCAGAUUUUUAUUAAAAAAUUGUUUAUUUUCAAAAAUAUACAUGCAAUUAUUUUUUAA